UACCUCACAUAAAACGUAUGGUACACUUCCUGGUGGCGGACACCCGUUCCCAAAUCGGCCGAGACGCUUUCAUCCGGCGGCACUGCUGCAACUCCUAAGGCGGCUUUCUUCUCUUCCUUUCAACAUCUUGAGAGAGAGAGAGAGCAGAAUCAAACUCAAGAGAUCUAGAGAGAGAGAGAGAGAGAGAGAGAGAGAGUUGUGUAUGUGUUGAAGAUGAAUGACUCCACUGGUUCCAUUUCUUCCGGUGCAAUGUCUAACAGCAAUGGCAGCGGCAUCAGCAAUAGAGAUAUGUUUCUCAAACAAGUCAACAAGAAUUCCCACAAGAUCGCUAAGCCCUUCCGAAAGCCUCUCCCUCCUCCCACCGCCACUCCUCCAAUUCUUGACCCCAAUCCACACAAUUCGGGUCCGUCCCAGCUCCAAUCGCAGCAGCCGCCGGUCUAUAACAUCAACAAGAACGACUUCCGCGAUGUCGUUCAGAGGCUCACCGGCUCCCCCGCCCACGAGCGCUUUCCGGCGCAGCCUCCACCGGUUACUCACCCCAGGCCACCCAGUUCCCGCCUCCAGAGGAUCCGCCCACCUCCCCUGCCCCAGAUCACUAAUCGCCCUCCUCAGCUCGUUCCUCGUCCACUAAAUGACGCCGGUCAAAGGGGGGCGGCGCAGGCCCAACCGUUCCACCCACUUCCGCCGCUUCCGGUUGUGCACCCUCCGGCGGAAUCCCCGAUCUCUGCGUACAUGCGGUUCCUCCAGAGCUCCGCCUCAUCCCCUGCACCUUCGCCUCUGUGGAACAGGGGGCCACCGAUUGGACCUCGUCCUGAUGCUCUGCCGCCGCCAAGCGAGUUUGGUCAACGGGCGCCCUUCUCGCCGCUGCCGCCUAUGGAGUCUCCUGUCUCAGCUUACAUGCGCUUCCUCCAGAGCUCUCCCUACUCUUCAUCUGCUGCACCGCCGAGGGGGAACGGGUUAGGACCACCUCCGCCUGUCCCACCACAUCAGCAGCCGCCGCCCCCACCGCAGCCUCCUCUUGUCGCACCACAGCAGCAACAACAGCUUCCUCCUCCUCCACCUUCUUCUGCUGCUUUGCCGUCGCCUUUUCCGGCGAUGCCCUUGUCACCGCUGCCAUUUGGAUGGGUUCCGUCACCGAGGUCACCGUAUGGUAUGAUUUCCCCCAGUUUUCUGUUUUCUCCGGCGGGUCAAUUUGGAUUACCGCAGGUACCCUUGUCGCCCACGCUGCCUGUUCCAAGCCCAAGAUGGAAGGGCAUGUAAGGAUUUAGCUAACCAUCAGGAAGGAUUUCCAAAGACUACUUUCCUACAAUUGGCAGCAGGAUAAAUGUUGUGCAUGGGUAGAUCCCUUCAAGAUCUGACCGAAAAGUGGAAAAUAUGUUUUCUGCAUACGCCUCCAUUUGGGUGGGUGAAUAAAUGUAUUGAUGCUUUAUUGCUUUUGAUUAUUGACUUGGUGACUUGUAUUUAAUGUUCUUUUGGUUGAUUUUGUUCCAAAUAAGGACAUAUGGUCCUUGUAAGAGAUUAAUUUUAGGAUUAGAGAAAGAACUAGAACACUUGAAAUGGUGCAUACUUCAUUUAAGAGGGGGCGGAGGAGGGGAAAAACCAGGGCGACACUGUCACAAGGUUUCGGUGAAAUUGCAUGGUAAAAAUGUUACAGUUCUCCUAAUUAUUAGUUUUAUCCACACAAAAGGAUAAGAUAGGUGCAGAUAAGCCUUUAGGUACCCUUGUGCAGGAAUAAAUUUAAUCUGCAUUAAGGCAGUUGGAAUUGGAUAGCAAGGUAUCUACAAAGGUCAGCUCCUGUGUAAUGGGUUCAUGAACAUCCUUAUUCAAUACCUUUUUUUGCUUGUAAUGAAAUCCACGAACUUCAUGAGAAGAUGCAAGACGUCUUCCCGGUUCUUAACAACAAAGGAAAUAUCUUAUAGCAUAUGGGCCUGUAUUGGUCUUUUCCUGUAGCAUGUGGCGAUAUAUAAUUAAUCUACCAAAUGUCGUGAAAAUCCCCACGAAACUAAUUUGGCGGUGCCCUUUAGUCUUAUAUGUGACAUUUGCACUGUAAAGUUAUGAAAUAUGUCCAGUAUAGUGCAAGAUAUGAAUUGUUAGGACACGACUCUCGGUGGUAAGACUGGAUUGCUGUGU